CGGACGCAUGUCUGGGGAUCAGAAUUCCAGGCACCAAUGUGACAAGGAGGUCAAGACCCUCGGUCCCAUUCCCUGUUUUGCUGGUGAUCUUUUCAUUGAUAUCUCACUGCAAGUAAACGAAAUACAUCCAGAGCGCGAUGCAGGCACUCAGAAACGGAAAGGUUUAUGCUGAGGUGGUAGCUGUUGGCCUGUUGAGGUCGAAAGUGCUUCCGCCGGGUGUCAGCAACCAACAGCUACUUCGCGGGGUCAGCGGAGAAAAUACAGAGCCAACACCACCGGAAGACAGCGAGGAUGAGUCCGACGAGCCAUCAAGACUGAGAAAGGCCGCCGACUGGGUUCGUGAAAAUCCCGGGACGACUGUAUGUUAUGGCGUGAGUGCAGGCAGUCUUGUUGUUUUGGCCGCACCAGCUCUCGUCGCUGCACCAGCCCUGGGACUUGCGGGGUUUGGUUCGCAGGGAAUUGUCGCCGGCUCUGCGGCAGCGGGCGUCCAAGCCGGAAUCGGGAACGUGGUGGCGCCGAGCCUCUUUGCUACCCUCCAGAGCGCCGGUGCGGCUGGCUACGGCGCCGCGGUCGUCAACGGGGCUAUACAGGCCGGCGCCGGGGUUUCUGCUACUGCAUUUGCGUGGUGGGGAACAAAGAAGAAAGCUUGCGGAGAGACGAAGAAGGAGGAAGACGGAGGCGGAGAAGGGAAGCCAAAUGCCGAGCAGGACUAGGAGCGGGUAGCAAGUAAGACUUUUAUCUGUAGUUAGAUUGAAGGACGAAUGGAUCGAUGCGAAUUUCAUGAUAAUAUCAAGUACCGCUGG